CGGCCUGAUUGUCACGGCGCGGUUGCUUUGAGGGCGCAGCAGCCCUACCGAGGGAGGCCGGCGUGAGGCCAGAGGGUGGGAAAGCGGCCGCCGGCGGAGGGCGGCGCCGGAGGAGGGCGGCGCGCGGUGACUCAUCCCUCUGGAAGAUCAGACACGCUCGCCGAGCUCGCCCGCGCCGCCGCUCCUCAACCGGGAGGCGUCCGCUCGCACCGCCCGCCCGCUCCGAGCUCCCGGCCUGGCCGCGGCACAGAAAGUUUUCCCGGGCUAACGGCCUGCGGGAAGCGGAGCGGGCACGGCUGGGAGGCGAUCGCCGCGCGGGCCCGCCGAGUGCAUGGUGCCCUGCGCCCGGGCCGCGCGUCUGGAGGACCCGGGGCGGGGCCCGGCUGAGCCCAGUUCCUGAGCCUCUGUCUAGCCCCGUCCGUAGCCGUCUUCCCUUGGGACUGCCGCGAGGGUCCCGCUCCACGCCAUGUCCCGGCUGCUGCCGCUGCUGGGGAGCCGGACGGCGCGCAGCCUGAGGCCGGGCCCUGCCGCCGCGCCCCGCCCGCCGUCCUGGUGCAGCUGCGGCCGGGGACUGCUGGCGCUUGGGGUCCCCGGCGGUCCCCGGCUUCUGGGCACACAUCCCAAGAAAGAGCCCAUGGAGGCGCUGAACACGGCGCAGGGCGCGCGCGACUUCAUCUACAGCCUGCACUCCACGGAGAGGAGCUGCUUGCUCAAAGAGCUGCACCGCUUCGAGUCUAUUGCCAUCGCACAAGCAUGCAGAUUUCCCAAACCCGAGAUGGUCAUUGUGAAGCGUGCGAAGGAGGUGUCAGCCGCAGAGACCCCUGAUAGUUUUGAAAAAUUGGAAGCUCUACCACCCACUCCAGGACAGCUGAGAUAUGUAUUCUUCCACAAUGCGAUACCUUUCGUAGGGUUUGGCUUUUUGGAUAACGCAAUUAUGAUUGUUGCAGGAACCCAAAUUGAAUUGUCUAUUGGAAUUAUUUUGGGAAUUUCAACAAUGGCAGCUGCAGCUUUGGGAAAUCUUGUUUCAGACUUAGCUGGACUUGGCCUUGCAGGUUAUGUUGAGGCCUUGGCGUCCAGGUUAGGCCUCUCAAUUCCUGAUCUUACACCAAAGCAAGUUGACAUGUGGCAAACACGUGUUAGUACACAUUUGGGCAAGGCCGUGGGGGUGACUAUCGGCUGCAUUCUAGGAAUGUUCCCACUGAUUUUCUUUGGAGGAGGUGAAGAGGAUGAAAAACUGGAAACAACAAAUUAAUCAUCUUAGAACACCUAUAAGAAGAUGUAAACUAAUGUACCUCAGUCAUUAAAUAUACUGUCACAACCUUUAGCAGUGAGGACAGUAACUAUAGAUAUGGGAUCAAAUAACUCAGCAUGUACUAUGGAAACACUAACUUAUUGUGGCUUGGUCUUCUUAAGACAUCUUUUUAAUACUGUUUAGUAUCAUUUUAUGUACAUUGUUGGGAUGCUCCUCAUCAGUGGCAGUCAACAUGUUAUCUUCCCCUCUCCCUAUGUAUCUAUAUUCUUUAACUCUCGGUCAUGGCUACUGUACUGUGCUGUGCUGACUUGGGGUUUGCUUAUUUGUUACAUAACAUGCACGGGAAGACCUAUUUAUGUUUUUAUUUUUUUCCUGAUGGUUAUAAUUCAAUGCUGAGGUUUCUCCAAAUUAUUUAAGAUGUUUAAUAUCAGUUAACAUUUUAACUCCCUGUCUGGUGGCAUCAUUUCUGUGUGAUUUCACAGUAAACACUUACAAUUAUAUAAAUUCAUUCAAUUUUAACCUUUCGCAUCUAUCCAAAAAUGAAGCAGUGUUUUAAGUAUAUCUGAUUCACUUUAAUUUUGAGCCACACUGUCUUAAGAGCCAGAGGUUAAUCAGAAAGAACAAUUAUGUGGCCUCUCUUUUACAUAAACCAUACAUGCUAACAAGUGUACUUAUUUCUGAUUGGCUUUUUACCUUUAUUUUCCCAACUUUGAGUAAUCACACAGUGAAUUCUGGUUUGUGAGAGAGAGGCAGUGCUUGGAUACUUCCUGUCUCUUAAAAUAGGGCUUAAGAGAGUAGGUGAACUAAGACAUUUAAAAUGACAUUUGGAAAUUAGGCUAAAAAAAUUUUUUUUUACAGAAAUAGAAAAUGGAAGUUUUCAGGGAGGUGUAUGGAGUUGAUGAUACGGUCAAGUGCUCUUUGGGAGGUUCGUGAAGCGUCAGUUCUAUUAUUUUGGAAAGAUUUUUCCCCCUAAUGUGUUACUGUCUCAUAGAAUGGAAUGAGUCUAAAUAUCCCAUGCUCAGAAUCCUAAUCUCGUUAGAUCUUGCUUUGUGACGUUUUUUUCUGGGUGAGUAUUUUAGAACAACAUGUAUUUUCUAUUUUGCUAUCUAGUCUGGUCAAACGUAACAUGAGGAGAGAUCCUUUCUCCCAUUUUUGGACUUUUUUCUUCUUUCAUGGUGAUUAUAGCACAUGGUUGGUGAAAGCUGCAUGUGUCUGUGUUGUAUGUCUGACCGGAACACGGUCCUGAGCUUUAGUUUUUGAACCCCCUUCUCCCCACUUGUUCUACUUUACAUGCUAAAAAGUUACAUGUAGCAGAAUAAUUGAACAUAUGAAAGAGAGAAACUGAAGUUAAAACUUAAUCCUUGGGGAAUUAAAAUUAUUUGUGUUUGCUAAGUAGAUGGAAAAGGCCAACAUCACAUGACUAUGGUUUUUAAAUCUUAUUUGGAAUUUUGUUUGCACAUAAUUACUUUGGGCUCCUUUUAAAGAAGAUUUCUGUAAGAAAGCAUGUCACAUAUUGUUCCCUUUGCACUUUGGGGCGAUUUAGUCCUAUCCAUUUACCAUAGAACUUAAGGAAAGAUAGCAUAAAAUUCAAAAACAUCAGGUUCUCAUAUACACAAGUAACAUUCUCCUUUGAUCCGAUUAGCAUCACAUGACUUGAGGUGGCAGACAGAUUCAUCUUUGUAUCUUUGUCCACAUGUCCCACGGACAGCAAGCACAGGGUUCCAGGGGAUAGAAUAGAACACAUAUUUUACGUUCUGUGUAGACAUGUGAAUGUUGUUUUCCUUACCUUGUGUACUGGUGGCUUUUCCUGUCUUUGUUUUUAAGUGUUGUACUGUGGUGCUUAACUUUUCUUCUUAUUAAAUACCAUCUCCAGAAACUUGUCUUGGAGUUUAGAAAGCACUUUUGGUUGUUGUUGUUGUUGUUUUCCCUUGAAAAAGCUCCUAGUCCUUAUUACCAGAAUUCCUGUUAAUAGAAUUAUGCCAGUUUCGUUGAAAACUCCAGUUCUGGAAGGUGUAACUUUCACAUGAAAGACAUUCUCAUUUUCAGUCAAAAUUUUUGAAUCAUAUUUAAUCAAUAAAAUACUUUGAAUCAUUACGAUACUUGAUUUUCAAAAGCAGACAAACAAAAUGGAAGUCUCUCUGUCUUUGACCAAAGGUAUGGUUUUUCUCAAGCUCUGGCUGUGACCUAACAUGGUACUUUGCACAGUGUGAUUUCUGAAGGUGGCCCCUUUAAGUUAAUGACUCCAUACGACCUGUGUUCAGCGUUUUUUUACCACAGAUAAUGUGAUGCCAGCUGAAACUGGACUGCCCUGUUUCUCAGAGCAGCUGUCCUCUCAGCGUUAGAGCUCUGGUGAACUGUCUCAUGAGCUGCUGCAGUACUGUUUGUUCAGAAUCCACGUUGUUUGUGUAUUAUGAUUUAUUGACUUGUUGAUGCAUGUAAACCGGGUGCAUUUUGUUGCCUCUGUAUGUUAUAUAGCGACCAAUGUUUUUACGAAAGAAUUGAACAAAAAAUAUCUUUUAAGA